UGAAAUCCCGUCAUGUAGUCGCGAUGACGUUCGAUGAUCAAGCUAAGCUAGCUGGCUAGCGAAAUGUAAACGUGUGCUGGCGUUUGUAUUAAGCAUAACUAAAAACCUUACUUAAAUACCAAUUCGUAAAUGAUCAACUAUAUAAACUACAUAAUCUAUAGGAAUGGAGGCAACAAGGUAUUGCAAAGAGCAGGUAAAUGCGGACAUUGAGGACAUUCUGAGUCGCUUUCAGCAAACGGAGUCGGUGCGAUAUGAGCAGUUUUCGGCGAUAUGGAAAGAGAUGAAAUUCUCAUCUAUAUUUUAUGGCAGAUUGGAAGUUAAUGAGACGAGAAGUUUUAGUCGCGUAAUACUGUCCACAGCCUUCAGCUACCUGCUUCCACCAUACACCUUUCAGAUUAGAGUUGGGGGACUUUACCUGCUCUACGGGUUGUUCAACUCCCAACUGAUUACUCCGAGAGAAAAGAUAAGGCUUGCACUGAGAGAUUGGGAGGACAUAAAGAAGUUUGAACGGGAUGCAAUCAACGCUCAGCACUUUGAUGUUGUGUACAUCUACAGGAAGCUCCUUGCAGAGAAAGCUUUCCACUUCACUGCCACUCCCGUGCCUUUGUGUUUCCAGGUGAAGAAGAAAACCAAACGGCAGGAGCUUUGUGAGGAAUUCAUGGACCGAGCGAUGCGGCCUCAGGAACUGGUCAGCAUGGAUAUGCUGGAGGAGGUGUCCAACGUGCACCAACACUAUGAGCAGUUAAAGACAGCUAUCUCAUCCACACCUGGACAGCCAGACCCGGAACUGCGUCUGGUUAACAAAGACCUGGUUCCACAUCUUCGCAACGCAGUGGUGGAGUACUACCAUUGGCAGAAGAAAAGGGGAUCUCAAGACAGAGAUGAUCAAGUUUACGAGGAUGGCGGUGAGGGGCCUUCAGAGCAGCAGGAGUCUUCUAGGAGAGCUUUGCUUUUAGCAUCUAUCAAGUCUAAGUCAUACGGACAGCAGGUGGAGGCCUCCAAGUCUCGGAGACAUCGUCAGGUGGAGACGGUGACCAACGCCAGGGAGACGGAACCGAGGGUGAAAACCAGGAACACCUUCUCAUGGAAGGAAAAGGAAAUCAAAAGAAGGAUUAGAACACUGAAACAGAAGACCUGUAAUGCCCUGAAACUCACAGACGAACAAAAGGAUGACCAAAGUCUCACCAAACCAAGUGAAGCAGAAGCCAAAAUUAUUAUGGCCACGAAAAAUAGAAAUCGAUUCCAAUGGUGAACUCAGAGAAGAGAGAUACAGCUUGCCGGUUUUGGUUUGCCUGAAGAUCAUCUAUUGGACGCUCUUUCACAGGACUCUGCUAGAAGUUUGCUAGAACUCAUUGUUUUCAGCUAGCCAUAUUCACCUAAUUGGGUGUGCCCAUUGCAGAGUAUGUAUGUAUGUGUGUAUGUAUUUUUUUUUUUUUUGCUCUUUAAAUCGUAUCACCUGGCGAGCAUGUGAGGGUUUCCACUGUUGUAUUUGACUAUGUGAAUCUUUGACAACAUAUCUGAAAUAUUUUACAUGCAUAUAGCUGUGAAUCAUUGUGUCAUGCACUAUCUGGUACUUAUGUUUAUUGUUGAUAAAGAUGUUCGGUGAUGUCAUA